GAGGAUGGUGUCCCAGCUGAGCGCCCUGCAACGGGAGCUGCUGGGCGCCCUGCUCAGCUCCGGGGCCACCAAGGAGGGGCUGAUCCGCGCCCUGGAGGACAUGGUGCCCGCCGCCGGCUUCGGCGUCAAGCUGGAGAACCUGCCGCUGUCUCCCGGCGGGCCCCCCGACGGCAGGGCCGCCCUCCCGCCGCUGGCCAACGGGCACGGCAAGGGCAAGCUCUCGGGCGACGAGGGCUCCGAGGACGGCGACGACUUCGACACGCCGCCGAUCCUCCGCGAGCUGCAGUCGCUCAACACGGAGGAGGCCGUGGAGCUGCGCUCGGAGGUGGACAGGAUGAUCAGCGAGGACCCGUGGCGGGCGGCGAAGAUGAUCAAGGGGUACAUGCAGCAGCACAACAUCCCGCAGAGGGAGGUGGUGGAUGUCACCGGCCUCAACCAGUCACACCUCUCCCAGCACCUCAACAAGGGCACCCCCAUGAAGACUCAGAAAAGAGCUGCCCUGUACACGUGGUACGUCCGCAAGCAGCGGGAGAUCCUCCGGCAGUUCAACCAGACAGUCCAGGGUUGUGGAAAUAUGACAGACAAAGGCAGUCAGGAUCAGCUGCUGUUUCUCUUUCCAGAGUUCAAUCAGCAGAACCAGGGGGCUGCCCAGCUCGACGACGCCUGCUCCGAAACCCCCAGCAAGAAGAUGCGCCGCAAUCGCUUCAAGUGGGGGCCAGCCUCCCAGCAAAUCUUGUACCAAGCCUACGAGCGCCAGAAGAACCCCAGCAAGGAGGAGCGGGAGACUCUGGUGGAGGAGUGCAACAGGGCCGAGUGUCUGCAGCGAGGAGUGUCCCCCUCCAAGGCUCACGGGCUCGGCUCCAACCUGGUGACGGAGGUCCGUGUCUACAACUGGUUUGCCAACCGGCGGAAGGAGGAGGCUUUCCGCCAGAAGCUGGCCAUGGACGCCUACAGCUCGGGGCAGCCCCCACACAGCAUGAACCUGCUGCUGUCCCACGGCUCCCCCCACCACAACCAGCCCAGCGCUUCCCCUCCCAGCAAAAUGCCAGGGGUGCGGUACAGCCAGGCGGCGAGCGGCGAGGCGGCGUCCUCGGGGGCCAUCAGCCACCACGGCAGCGGUGCCAUGGUCACCACCAGCCAGGCGGUCCUGCAGCAGGUCUCCCCGGCCGGCUUGGACCCGGGCCACGGUUUGCUCUCGCCCGACGGCAAAAUGAUCUCCGUUUCGGGGGGUGGGCUGCCCCCGGUGAGCACCCUGACCAACAUCCACAGCCUGUCCCACCACAACCCGCAGCAGUCCCAGAACCUCAUCAUGACGCCGCUCUCGGGAGUCAUGGCCAUCGCACAGAGCCUGAACACCUCGCAGGGGCAGAGCGUGCCCGUGAUCAACAGCGUUGCCGGCAGCCUGGCAGCCCUGCAGCCCGUGCAGUUCUCCCAGCAGCUCCACAGCCCCCACCAGCAGCCGCUGAUGCAGCAGUCCCCCGGCCACAUGACACAGCAGCCGUUCAUGGCCACCGUGACCCAGCUGCAGAACUCUCACAUGUAUGCACACAAACAGGAGCCUCCCCAGUAUUCCCACACCUCCCGCUUCCCCUCGGCGAUGGUGGUGACGGAUACCAGCAGCAUCAGCACACUCACCAAUAUGUCUUCCAGUAAGCAGUGUCCCCUGCAAGCCUGGUGAUGCUCCACACCUCGCUGCUUUUGCACAUAGCAACGGGAUCUUAUUUUCCACAACAUCCCGGCGGCGAGCCGCGCUCCGAGCCCGGGGAGCCGCCCGCCAGAGCACAGCCCAGAGCACAGCCCAGCGCCGCAGCGAGGAGCCCGACAGCCCGACCCGGAGCCAGCCCGGACCCAGCCUCUCCUUCCCUCCACGCAGUAUUUCCAAGACGUGUCUUGGGGAUUUUUUUAUUCUUAAGUAUUCGCCUUCCAAGAGGCCGCUGGCUUUCCCGAGGGACCAGGCACGAGCUGUGCUGGGAACAGGCAGAAGGGGAAGAUGGAUCAUAUUGAAGUUGUUUGUACUCCUCCACCCGACGGACUGAGGGGGACUGGGGUCUGUUACUUGGCAUUUGGAGGGAGGAAUUGCAUGUGCUGUUGAACUGAGCCAAUUGAACUGUAAAUAGAGGUACAGUCUGCUCCAUCCUCCCCCCUCCCCACUCCUAUACACAGAGAUUUAUAUAAAAAAGAAGUAAAUUUUGUCCAAUGGAUGUAAACUACUGUAAUUAAGUGCAAUUCCCCAUCUGUAUAUAUUGGUCCAGAAUCUCUUCUCUUUCUCCCAUUUGUUUUUUGCCUUUUUUUUUUUUUUUUUUGGUAAAGGUCAGAGCUGAGGAUGGGUUUGGUUUUGUAUUUCUGUUUUCCCUUUAAAUGAGUGAAUUCAAAUGCUGGGCCUAGGCAAGGACACCGGUCAGGCAGCACUGGGCUCUGCUCUGCGGGAGGACAGGCAGACACGUGUCCCCUGCAUGGUGACAUCCCAUGAGAAGGAAGGGCACAGGACAAGCUGAGCAGAGCCCUGGCAGGACCUGGAUGAUCCAUGUGGGGAAAAGUGCCACUACGACUUUCCUGCUUUUGAGGACUCUCAGACGGACUCUGGUGGGGUGGGGGAGGACUCAGCAGCCUGGUGAACACAUCCAGCCCGUGGGGAAGCGUUCAGCAUUGGCAGUUUCCAGGUGAGCCUGUAGCAUUUGGUGCUACAGAGGUGAAUGAGGCUGCAAGAAAUUCUGGUGGAAUCUUCCUCAGGUGGGGUUCAGAGACUGUGUCCCUUUUGUCCUCCCUCGGGGUGCAGAAGGGUUUGGGUGCCCAGCUCCUGCCCCAGUAAAUGGCCAGUACAGGUGGCUUCUUUCCACCUUUAGCAGUUGGUGAUGAGCCUUGUUGGCUCCACCCUUAUCAAUACACAGGGUGCUCUCAUCCUGGAGCAGUCCCCUCCGAGGUGCUGGAUGCAUGGGAUUUGGGCUGUGGUGUGAACACUCCAGCUGCCUGCCCCGUCUCACCCUGCAGCAGCUCCUGGAUGAAAAGCUCCACAGCAAGAUCUCCAGCUUGUGAAUGAUCCCACAUCCCAGCCCCUCAGGCACCUGCUGAGCACAGACACCAGAGCCCUGAAGGAUUCUGGGGGCCCAAGUCCUACCUCCCAAAGCCACGGAAGCUGUAAAGGGCAUCAUCUCCCCGCCGUGGAAUGAGCUCCUCUGUACCUGCUCCCCUCUGUGAAUGGAUCUAAUGCUUCCCAGUUGUGCUGAAUCUUCAUGAACUUCACAGCGUGUGCCAACUGCUGAGAGGGAUUUAGAGAGAUGGAGAGCAGCAGAAGUGCCUGUGGACUGAUGACCACUGCCAAAAAGAAAAACACCGGGUGAUUUCUUUGGGCUGAGAAAGUCUCUUUGGCUCUGUUUGUCCAAUGUCUAGUGCAGUGGGACCCUCACCCACACUGGGACUGAGAGGAGUUGUCCUAUGGUGAAUAAGAAGUUAUCAGGAAUUGGAGACCAAUAUUCAGAAUGACAUUUAAUUUAAUGUAUACCAUAAUUAAACACCAUUUCUUCCGA